CAUUUGGUUUUAGAGAGAGGGAGAAAGGGAGAGGAUUUGGCAUCGUCGGAUAUAUUCCGAGAGCUAUAUAUAAACACCCGAAAUUAUAUUCACGCCCUUGCCGGCCAUACAAUUCGGGCGGCCUCUUCUUUUUCCAAAUCAUAUUCAUACCAAUUACGAUUUUGAAAUCUCUUUCUUUCACGAUUUCUCUUCUUUCGAUCCAACAACAACAACAAAAAAAAAAAAAAAAACAAUCCAUACCCAUUAACAAUUUGUUUCAAAUCGCACCGGCGAUGGCAUCCGGCGGUCCUAAUAAUUCCUGCAAUGGAAGUCCACGACACGGUGGUCCGGCAACCAAAACAAGACGACGCGUAGCAGACUUUAUAGACCCUGAUACCAGACUUUCCAACUCUUCAGAUUUGUAUGAUGAAGAAGACAAUUCCAACGGCUCUAUUGUUGGGUCCCACCUUCACCUUCACAAUCACCAUCUCCAUCACCACCAUCAUCCUGUGGUUAGGCAUUUUUUGUUUCGUAAUCGGGCUUUGUGUUGGGUCCCUGAGCCUUGGCUUCUCAAGAUGGAGGAAGGGUUUUUAUUGACGGUCAUGAUUCUACAGUCUUUAGGAUCGGGAAGGAACUUCGGCCGUAAGAUUUUUGGGAUUUUGAUGUUCAUGGCUGUUUUAACCGUCUUCUUCAAAUUCUCCUUCCUUAAUACACAUGUGGAAAUUAAUGGUAAGAUGAUCGAUAAAGGACAAUUGAUCAUACAGACUUUCAAAGAAGAUUGGGCUUUGGCGCAAAGAGCCGUCGCCGAGGACGAAGCCGUCGUCCCCAAACGCCGUCUCGAAAAAAUCUCUCAGACGCCUGAAAUUUGGAUGAAACCAAAAAGCGACAAUUUCCAUCAAUGCAUUACUCGACCCAGGAAUCGAAUAAGACCUCGAGGUAAAACAAACGGAUAUCUUCUUGUUCAUGCCAAUGGGGGAUUGAAUCAGAUGAGAACCGGGAUAUGUGAUAUGGUUGCUGUUGCUAGGAUUAUGAAUGCAACACUUGUUCUUCCUUCCCUUGAUCAUGAGUCAUUUUGGACAGACCCAAGUGAUUUUAAAGAUAUUUUUGACUGGAAGCACUUCAUCAAUGUUCUAACAGAUGAUAUUGAAAUUAUUGAGACCCUGCCUCAACGGUGGGAAGCGGUGAAACCCUUUGUCAAGGCUCCAGUUUCCUGGUCCAAGGCUAGUUAUUACCGAGGAGAGAUGCUACAUUUGUUAAAGAGACACAAAGUGUUAAUGCUUACCCACACUGAUUCUCGUAUCGCCAACAAUGGUUUGCCAUCUUACAUUCAGAAGCUUCGAUGUCGUGCCAAUUAUGAUGCUCUACGGUUCACUAAGGAGAUUGAGAAUCUUGGGAAGGUCUUGGUUGAUAGAUUAAGAAAGGAUGACGAACCAUAUAUUGCUCUUCAUCUGAGGUAUGAGAAAGAUAUGCUUGCAUUCACAGGCUGCAGCUACAACCUGACGGCAGAGGAAAAUGAGGAGCUCAAAGCUAUGAGAUACAAUGUCAAGCAUUGGAAGGAGAAAGAGAUAGAUGCAAAAGAAAAGCGACUUCUAGGGGGCUGCCCAAUGACCCCUAUGGAAGCAGCCAUGUUACUGAAGGCCUUGGGUUACCCUUCCACGACAAAAAUCUACAUUGUUGCGGGGGAGAUUUAUGGCAGCGAUAGCAUGGAGGCUUUUCGAUCUGAAUACCCCAAUGUUUUUUCUCAUUCAACUCUUGCAACUGUGGAGGAACUGGACCCAUUUAAGCCAUUUCAGAAUCGCAUGGCCGCCUUGGAUUAUAUAGUGGCAGUAGAGAGUGAUGUUUUUGUUUAUACCUAUGAUGGAAACAUGGCUAAAGCAGUUCAGGGCCACAGGAGGUAUGAAGGAUUCAGGAAGACAAUAAAUCCCGACAGGCUAAAUCUAGUGAGGUUGAUUGAUCAGUUUGAGGAGGAAGCCAUCUCUUGGGAAGAAUUCUCCAAAGAAGUGAAGGAGUUACAUAAAGACAGACUGGGUGCUCCAUAUUUCAGACAAGCUGGAGAGACUCCAAGGCUAGAGGAGAAUUUUUACGCUAACCCGUAUCCUGGCUGUCUUUGCAACAAGGCCCAAAAUCGAACAUUAAGACUAAAAACCGACGAUAAACAAGAUCUUCAGGCUUCACUGCAGAGAUAGAAUUAUGAUUUUACUGCAAACUCAUUGCUUCUUCUGCUAAAUUGAUGAUAUGUGCCCAUUGCUCCAGGGCGCACACCACGUGCCAUGCGUUCCCCAAAUUUGACUGGCAUUUUCCAAGCCAUGAGUUCAAUACAUAACCCAGGUGGAGAGUAAUACCGAGGUUUUGCUAGCUUCCUUUGGCUUCAAAAGCAGAAGUUCAAAUCUUUUUUCUUCACAUUUUUUUAGGUAAAUGAAUGGAUAAUAGGAUUGUUGGUAGGUGAAUUAGAAUCGGUUCAGAUGUAGUUUUUCUUUUUAAUAGUAAAUCAGGUUAGUUUUUACACCGACAGCUUCCCUGUCAAUAGUGGAGAAAAAUUAUUCAUUCCAUUCGUUAUUCUUUGCUAUUAUCCCCCCUUGAUUCAUAAUGUAAACAUUUGGAAAGGGAAAGGUAAAUUGCCAUUUCUUC